CAGAAUAGCCACCCAUAUUGCCUUCUAUCUCUCUCUCUCUCUCCCUUUCUCUCUCAAAAUAUCUAAUUCCACACCGCAACACACCUCUCCAUCGAGAGAAAAGAAUCUCUCUUUCUCUCUCUUUUAAACACACAGUAACUCAUACACUACCCAAGACCCAUCAUCAUCAUCAUCAUCUCCAGCAAGAACAAGAACCAACACCAAACAAGAACAACAAGAAAGAAAGAAAGAAAGAAAGAAAGAAAGAAAUGAAAAUUUUUCUUUAUUACCCCCUUCUCUUCUUCUUUCUCUCUUAGCCCUUCAAAUUAACCUCUCCAUGAAUUCUCUUUAAAGAAUUCCCUAGUUUUUCCUCUCCCUUUCUUUCUCAUACAGCAGAUAUACAAGAGCAACAACCCUAAUAAUAAAGAAAAAGUAAAGAAAUAUAUAUAUAUUUUUUAGAAGAACCAUUACCAUGACUCUUGAAGAAUCCUUAAGAUCUCUGUCUUUAGAUUAUCUAAAUCUUCUAAUCAACGGUCAAGCUUUCUCUGAUGUAACUUUCAGUGUAGAAGGAAGAUUAGUUCAUGCGCACAGGUGUAUUUUAGCAGCAAGAAGUUUGUUCUUUAGGAAAUUCUUUUGUGGACCUGACCCGCCAUCAGGGUUAGACCCGGGAAGCGGGUCAAGAAUGAUAAACUCGGUUGGAGGAGGAUCGGCGACCGGUUCGAGGCAAAAUGUAAUACCAGUAAACUCGGUGGGAUAUGAGGUGUUUUUGUUGCUCUUACAGUUUUUGUAUAGUGGACAAGUCUCUAUUGUCCCUCAAAAGCAUGAGCCAAGGCCUAAUUGUGGUGAAAGAGGUUGUUGGCACACGCAUUGUACCUCAGCCGUUGAUCUUGCUCUCGAUACUCUUGCUGCCGCUAGAUAUUUUGGAGUUGAACAGCUUGCAUUGCUUACUCAGAAGCAAUUGGCUACCAUGGUAGAAAAAGCUUCAAUUGAAGAUGUAAUGAAAGUUCUAAUUGCUUCAAGAAAACAAGAAAUGCACCAACUUUGGACUACUUGUUCUCAUUUAGUCGCUAAGUCAGGCUUACCACCAGAAGUUCUUGCCAAACACCUUCCAAUAGACGUUGUAGCAAAAAUCGAAGAAUUACGCCUUAAAUCAUCUCUAGCGCGUCGGUCUCUAAUGCCACAUCACCACCACCAUCACCACCACCAUCCCCACCACCAUGAUCUUACCGCAGCCGCUGAUCUUGAAGAUCAAAAGGUUCGAAGAAUGCGAAGAGCUUUGGAUUCAUCAGAUGUAGAGCUAGUCAAACUUAUGGUAAUGGGAGAAGGGCUAAAUCUUGACGAAGCAUUAGCUUUACAUUAUGCAGUAGAAAGCUGCAGCAGAGAAGUAGUAAAAGCCUUACUUGAACUUGGAGCAGCUGAUGUUAACUAUCCGGCUGGACCGGCGGGUAAAACCCCACUUCAUGUUGCAGCAGAAAUGGUAUCACCAGAUAUGGUAGCAGUUUUAUUAGACCAUCAUGCAGAUCCUAAUGUUAGAACUGUGGAUGGAAUUACACCAUUAGAUAUUUUAAGAACCCUAACUUCGGAUUUCUUGUUUAAGGGGGCAGUGCCUGGUUUAGCACAUAUUGAACCAAAUAAGUUAAGGCUUUGCUUGGAAUUAGUUCAAUCCGCUGCUUUGGUGAUUUCACGUGAAGAAGGGAGUGUUAAUGCAGGAAGUAGUUCAAAUGCAAUAUAUCCGCCGCCGAUUAGCGAUCAUGAAAAUAAUAGUACUAGUAGCGGUGGUGGUGGAAAUUUGAAUCUUGAUUCAAGAUUGGUUUAUUUGAAUCUUGGUGCUACAAGUGUAAGUGGUGGUUCAGGUCAAAUGGGUUCAAGAAUGGAAGGAGAUGAGGAUAAUAGUCAUAAUAGCCAAAGAGGGCAUGACCCAACAAUGUAUCAUCACCACUCUCAUGACUUUUAGCUUAUUUUCAAGUUCUUGAUCUUUAAUAUUUAUAUAAAUAUAGGGAAGAAGAGGAGGAGAAAGACAAGUUCAAACAACAAAAAAAACCUUCGUGAAAGCUCAUGAAGAUUAUGAUUAGUAUUAUUAUUGGAAUAUAUAUAUUUAUAUCCUUUUCUUGUCAGUUCUUUUUUUUUUUUUCCUUUUCACUUGCCUUGCCUUUCUUUCCUUUUUCUUUUUCUUGUAUUUUCUUUUGGGUUCUCUGUUCUGUGUUGGGUUGUUUUGUGUAGGCUUUCUUUCAAUGAUGAUCGUCAUACGAAGAAGUGCAGUUUCAUUGGAGAUGGGAUAUAUAUCUUUUAUAUUUUCUCAUUGGAUGAGACAAGGAGAAUCUGAGCUUUUGCUCUCUUUCUCUCUCUCCUCUCCUGAAGAUGAUAUACGGAGGAAGAAAGAAAGAAAGAAAGACAAAGACAAAGAGAAAGAGAGAGAGAGAGGGAGAGAGAGAGAGAGAGAGAGACGGAGAGAGAGAGGGAGAAAUACAGGUCAAUCUUUUCAAAACCCGGCCUGUCAACUCCUUUGUAUUUAUUGAUAAAUCUAAUAUCAUGGCCUAUUAAUUGCACCCUUCUA